GGGACUCUCACCUCUGAAUCAGCAUUUUUCACACAAACCAAACGACGAUGUCCCUUUCCUUUUACGAACCAUUCCACAAUUUCGGUGGUCUUCUGGGUGGAUUCUCCUAUCCAAGCCGCACUAUGUUGCAAGCCACCACGGAAUCCAUUUUGCGUCCAAAAAUGGACCUCCACGAAGACGCAGACCGAAACGUUGUGACGGUGACCUUCGAGUUGCCAGGAGUGAAGAAGGACGACGUGAACAUUGAGGUGCACGACGGACAUCUCACUGUCUCCGGAACAGCCAAAGCUUCCGAGGGGGAGGGAGAUGGGUACUCCCAUCGUGAGCGCGAGUCCGGCAAGUUCUCGAGGACGUUGAGGCUUCCUCGCGGCGUCAAGAAGGAAGAAAUCAGCGCUUCUAUGGAGAACGGUGUUUUGACGGUAACGUUCCCAAAGGCUGCACACGAGCCAGCACCACGGAAAAUCACGAUUGCAUAAGACGAUAUGUUCUCAUUGGACGUGCCAUGGACACCAGAAGUGUAGUAUUAUAUGUAUAACAUCAUGAAGUUCUAUGAUUGUAUUAUGUUGGUCAGACUGUUGUGAAAUUGUAAAAGUUAAAAGACAAGAA